CUUACCAAACCGCAUGACUUGGUGUAUAUGUGUGGAAGCGGCUUGGUAGCAGGACUGCUCAGAAUAAACAAGAGGCGGGGUUUGACCUUGCUAUCAAAACAUCUCUGUUUCAGGUGCCCGGAGAGAAACACGUUUAUGCAUACAGAAUCCAAGCACCAGUACAGAGAGAUUGGAUUAGGACACGGGAAACGCACAUUAUGGUCGUUAAAUGUAAAUACCAGGAAGAAUGAAACAAGAAAAAGCCGACUAAGAGGAAUACGUGCCAUGUUUCUAAAACUUGGGUUAUAUUCGAAAGGAUUCGCUUUGGGGAUCCAGUGCAUUCUUGAUCCUAAUCAGAUACUGCUUUAAAAAUCGUCCAUGAAGAUCUGCUUUUUUUUUUUUUUUUUUUUUACCUUGGAACUGUUCUUUCAGGCCAGGGAGUUGAAAGCGGUCCUGAUUAGUACAAGGAAGCAAGUUAAAAGGAAGCAUUCUAAGGUGGAUACGGUUGGAAAAUAGUUUUGGAAACGUGUCAUUUGACCAUAUAAAGAACCAAAACAGUGGACUCCAGAUGAUUGGAACCGGAAUAUUUGAGCUUCCCUGUGGUUAAAGCUUUGUACCCAAAACUGAAGGAUGACUUAAUGUUUCAGUGAAAAGAGAAAACAUGAAGUGUAUUGGCUGCAGUGAGAGCGAAGAGUUAAGGUGCUGCAUGGUUAUAAGCAUUAACACACAAGGGCUUUUUUUUUUUUUGUUUUAGCUCCAACGAGGAUGAUUAUUAACGAGGGAGCUACAAAAAAAAUACAGCAAUGGUUUAGUAAACUUGAAUUACUGUGCACGCCAUUCGGAAGUUUGGGUUUUGGUACAAAGGACAACUUACCAGUGGUUUUUUUUUUUUUUUUUUUUUUAAUUUGUGGCUUUUAAAUUCAGCCACUCCCAUAGGCAUUUGUUGGAAUUACUUUGCUUACUCAGCCAGUUUGAGGGAUCAAAGGUGUCCUAAUGUUCAGUGAGAAAGCUGCUGGAGGAAAAAUAUUAAAAUUGCUGAGAUUUUUAGUUUGGAACACCAGCUCCUUUACACCUUUGCUUGUUGUAGACUUGCUUUGCUGAGUGACUGUUCUUCACAAAGUCUAACUUUAAUCAAAUGGCAUGGGUCAAGUUCUUCUGGAAGCCUGGCGGCAGUCUUGGAAAAACCUACCAGCCUGGGAGCAUGCUUUCCCUUGCUCCGACGAAAGGCUUGUUAAACGAACCGGGACAGAACAGUUGCUUUCUCAACAGUGCUGUACAGGUGCUGUGGCACCUCGAUAUUUUCAGAAGAAGCUUAAGACAGUUGCCUGGGCACGUUUGUCUUGGUGAUGCCUGUAUUUUUUGUGCUUUAAAGAGUAUUUUUAUCCAGUUUCAACACAGCAAAGAAAGAGCGCUGCCUUCAGAUGUCUUGCGCAAUGCUCUAGCUGAAAGUUUCAAAGAUGAGCACAGAUUUCAGCUUGGGUUCAUGGACGAUGCUGCAGAAUGCUUUGAGAAUAUUCUUGAGAGGAUUCAUUUUCACAUAGUGCCUGAAUGUGAAAAAGAUAUGUGCACUUCCAAGUCCUGCAUUACCCACCAGAAGUUUGCAAUGACUUUGUACGAACAGAGUGUGUGUCGGAGUUGUGGGGCUUCGUCUGACCCUCUGCCUUUUACAGAGUUCGUGCAUUAUGUAUCCACAGCAGCUCUCUGCAAUCAAGUUGACAAAAUGAUGGAGAGAAAUGAACGCCUUAAGUCAGACAUGUUUGGAGAAUUGCUGCAGGCAGCAAAUACUGUUGGGGACCUUAGGAACUGUCCAAGUAACUGUGGGCAGAGGAUUAAAAUCAGACGUGUACUGAUGAACUGUCCAGAAAUUGUGACCAUUGGUUUUGUUUGGGACACAGAGAACUCUGAUCUCACUGAGGAGGUUAUUCGGUCUCUUGGGCCACAAAUAAAUCUCUCUGGGCUUUUCUACAGAGUCACAGAUGAACAGGCGAAAAGGAGUGAACUGCACCUUGUUGGAAUGGUCUGCUACUCCAGUAGACACUACUGUGCCUUUGCUUAUCAUACUAAAUCUUCCAAGUGGGUCUUCUUUGAUGAUGCCACUGUUAAAGAAGUUGGAUCCAAAUGGAAAGAUGUAGUUACUAAAUGCAUACGAGGCCACUUCCAGCCACUUCUCCUUUUCUAUGCUAACCCUGAAGGAACUGCAGUAUCUACAGAGGAUGCACUCCAGCAGGCCACUUUGUGGUCUCAUUAUAAAUCUCCUCUAAGUGGUGAGUUUUCAGACAUAACAGUUAAAAAGUUAGAUCUUCCAAAAGAAAAUGGAAUUGGCCCAUUUUCAAACCAAAGCAACUUUAAACAGAAAUUGCAACAUAAUUCAAACUCAGGAUUCAGCAGGGGGAAUGGACAAACAAGUGGUGUCCGAGGACAAGUGAGAAUCAUCCCUGUGGAUCCUAAGAGUAAGCUCAGAGAAAUCUCCAAAGAAUGUGCACAGAAAGCAGGAGAGGUCAGAAUGCAGAAGAAGGAAAUUGAAAGAGGUCAGAGAAGACAGGACUCUGGUAGACAUACAGAUAGAUUUCCAGACAGCAGGCUGUACUGUAAGUCUGCCUCACCACCUACAGAAAAUGGAUUUAAACAGUGUAUGGAUCAGAGGUUGUACAGUAGCCAGGGGAAAGGGUCUUCCCGUCACGAAAGGACUUCCCACCAGGCCCGAUCUUCUCAUGAACCCAGGUUGCCAGCCAAUAGGGUACAGGUACUGCCAGGCCUCCCAGCCCACGGCAAGUUCCGGAAUGAGUUUACCAGCGGUUACGACACAGACAGCAGCCAGGAGUCUAGAGAGAGGAGUGGUGGGAGCCGGAGCAAGAGCAGAGUCUGGAAGCCCAUACGAGAAACUCUCAAUGUCGACAGUAUUUUCAAUGUGACUGAAAAACUGCAGCACAGCCCAAGACGCAAGCUCCUGAAUCAAAGUGAGCGCACGCAGUACGACAGAGAGCACCUCUUUAAUCACUGGCCGAAGGACGUACGAAAGCAGAAGAGUCUAAUGACCAUCUACGAAGAUGAGCUGAAACAGGAAACGGGAAGCAGGAGCUCGCUGGAAUCCGAAGGCAAAGGGAACCCUGACAAAGAAAAAACAAAGGUUGGGGUGAACCUUAAGAUCCGCAGUGACAGCUGCCAGAUGCAGAGAACUGAAUCUGGGUAUGAGAGCAGCGAAAGAUUAAGCAAUGGUUGCACUAACCUUCACUCUCCCAUUGUAGAAAACUUUAGUUCUAAGGAGCUGAAAUGUAUUCCAGAGGCUGAGUUUUCCAGGGACCAACUCCAACCAGUGAAAUCUGAUGAUUUUAAGACUGACAACAUGCAUCACUCCAUUUCUUAUGGUGCAUCGGAGAAGGAUUACAAUCCUCAAGAUAUAUACUUGCAGAAACCUAGUCCUUGCUCGCAAAGAAGACAUGCAUUCAGAAAAAGUGCUGAACAUACUGGAAGGACCUUUUCCUCUCCUGCGGAUCCAGUGUUCUUGGAAGAAAUACGAUCAGAAGGGGAAAGUGAUGGAAGUUAUAAAUAUAGCAACACCUCACACCUGCAGAAAAGAAGCAGCACAGAUUGGAACAGUGCAGAUGUGCCAUCAGACUCUGAGUACACAGGCUAUGCAAUGAACAAACCAACUGCAAAAUGGAAUCCAGUGACUCCUAGAGGAAUGAACGAACAGGGCUAUUUGUAAGGGGGACUGGACUUUUAAAAGGUAAAACAAUACAUGGAGGGAAUUGAAAACAAGAGGAGUGUUGCUAUUAACCAUUUCAUGUCAGAAACUAAUUAUUUUUUUAUUAUUAUUAUUGUUAACCAUCAUUUAUUUGUAAAACAAACAUUAGUCUUCCAGAAUAGCUGACAAUAGUUGACGUCAUUGCAUUUUCUGUGGCUGUAUCUCUUUGCUUGAAGAAAACAUUUGUUAAAAAUGUUUUCCCAGUAGAGGGCAGUGAAAUACCUUCUAUUGCAAAGCCCCAAGCAAAACAAAAUAUAUUACAGGAAUGUUUGAAAACGUGUAAGACAAGCACUUCCAUAAAUUGCAUUCCUACAUUUUGUAGUGGCUUAAACCAUUUUAAUGUGCUUGAGUUAUUCGGUAGCAACAUUUUACUUUUACUUUUUUUAAUUUUUUUUUUUUUUUUAUACAUUGACAGAAUUA